CGCGCAGCCCACCCCGGGUGGCGGGAGGCGGCGGCUCCGGGCAGAUUUGAUUUUCCCGCAGCCCGGGCGCCCCGCAGCCGGAGCUAGAGCCGAGGAGGUGGCGCUUGCAGCGCGUCCCAGCCCCGCUGCCGCCCGCGCCGAGACCCAGCGAGAGGAGGCGCAGCCCAGGCGCUCCGGGCUCCGCGCUGCCCGCGCCCCGCCGCCCCCGCCGCCCGCACCCCAUCCGGCCCUCCGGCCCCCACGCCCUCUCCCGGUCUCCCGCACCCCUCUCCCCGGCCCACGGCUGCUCGCGCGCCCCUCUCUCUGUUCCCCUCUCCGCGACUCCGCGCGUCCCUCCCGCGCCCUCUCCCCAGCGCUCUCCGCCUCUGCCGCUGCGCCCCGGCGCCCCGGCUCCCGCCCCUCCCCGCCCGGCCCCUAGCCUCCUCGCGGCGUCACCCGAGCCCCCUCCUCGGUCCGCGGCCCCCGCUCCUCCGCCCCUUCCCUCUCUCACUUCCCACGCCCCCUCUUCGCGCUCCUCUCUCCGCCCCUGGCCGCCCAGCCCCGGCUCCGGAGUUGGGGGAGAGCCCAGGGCUCCAGUCGCUCCGGAGGAGGCGUGAAUCGCGCAGGGAUUGACUAAUUUGGGGUGGGGGUGCGGUGGGCGAUGGAGCAGCCCGAGGACAUGGCGUCGCUGAGCGAGUUCGACUCCUUGGCGGGCAGCAUCCCGGCCACCAAGGUGGAGAUCACCGUGUCCUGCAGGAACCUCCUGGACAAAGACAUGUUUUCCAAGUCUGACCCACUGUGCGUCAUGUACACCCAAGGCAUGGAGAACAAGCAGUGGCGGGAGUUCGGGCGCACGGAAGUCAUCGACAACACACUCAAUCCUGACUUCGUGCGCAAGUUCAUCGUGGAUUAUUUCUUCGAGGAGAAGCAGAACCUCCGCUUUGACCUAUACGACGUUGACUCCAAGAGCCCUGAUUUAUCCAAACACGACUUCCUGGGCCAGGCCUUCUGCACCCUUGGAGAGAUUGUGGGGUCCCCUGGGAGCCGCCUGGAGAAGCCCCUCACGAUAGGCGCCUUCAGCCUGAACUCCAGGACAGGCAAACCCAUGCCCGCUGUGUCCAAUGGUGGUGUCCCGGGGAAGAAAUGUGGCACCAUCAUCCUGUCCGCUGAGGAGCUCAGCAACUGCAGGGACGUCGCCACCAUGCAGUUCUGUGCCAACAAGCUGGACAAGAAGGAUUUCUUCGGGAAAUCCGACCCUUUCUUGGUGUUCUACAGAAGCAACGAGGACGGAACGUUCACCAUCUGCCACAAGACCGAGGUGGUGAAGAACACCCUGAACCCCGUCUGGCUGACCUUCUCCAUCCCCGUGCGGGCCCUCUGCAACGGGGACUACGAUCGGACCAUCAAGGUGGAGGUGUACGACUGGGACCGGGACGGCAGCCACGACUUCAUCGGGGAGUUCACCACCAGCUACCGGGAGCUGGCCCGAGGGCAGAGCCAGUUUAACAUCUAUGAGGUGGUAAACCCAAAAAAGAAAAUGAAGAAAAAGAAAUACGUGAAUUCUGGCACAGUCACCCUGCUUUCCUUUGCUGUGGAGUCAGAGUGUACCUUCCUUGACUACAUCAAAGGAGGGACUCAGAUCAACUUCACCGUGGCCAUCGAUUUCACUGCCUCCAAUGGAAACCCCUCGCAGUCCACGUCCCUGCACUACAUGAGCCCCUACCAGCUGAACGCCUACGCGCUGGCGCUGACCGCCGUCGGGGAGAUCAUCCAGCACUACGACAGCGACAAGAUGUUCCCCGCCCUGGGCUUCGGGGCCAAGCUGCCCCCCGAUGGCAGGGUGUCCCAUGAGUUCCCGCUGAACGGCAACCAGGAGAACCCCUCGUGCUGCGGCAUCGACGGCAUCCUGGAGGCGUACCACCGCAGCCUGCGCACCGUGCAGCUCUAUGGCCCCACCAACUUCGCCCCCGUGGUCACCCACGUGGCCAGGAACGCGGCGGCCGUGCAGGACGGCUCCCAGUACUCGGUGCUGCUCAUCAUCACGGACGGUGUCAUCUCCGACAUGGCGCAGACCAAGGAGGCCAUCGUCAACGCUGCCAAACUGCCCAUGUCCAUCAUCAUCGUCGGCGUGGGCCAGGCAGAGUUCGACGCCAUGGUGGAGCUAGACGGUGACGACGUACGGAUCUCCUCCCGGGGGAAGCUGGCCGAACGGGACAUCGUCCAGUUCGUGCCCUUCCGGGACUACGUGGACCGCACAGGCAACCAUGUGCUGAGCAUGGCCCGCCUGGCCCGGGACGUGCUGGCCGAGAUCCCCGACCAGCUGGUGUCCUACAUGAAGGCACAGGGCAUCCGCCCUCGGCCCCCGCCCGCGGCACCAGCACACUCCCCCCCGCAGUCCCCAGCCCGCACGCCCCCCGCCUCCCCCCUGCACACGCACAUCUGAGCCCAGUCCACAGCAGGCAGCUGGCCGGGGCCUGGGGGAGGCCAGUAGAAUGGUAGGCAGAGUCCCCAGACCCCCUCAGACGGCCCGCCUGGCCUUUGGGACAUCCGUGUGCUGGGAGGCCGGCAGGGGACCACUGGAGACCCCUGUUCAAUUUCCUGCCCCACUUACUGCCCAAGCCUGGGAAGUUGGGGGGUACAGGUCGUGGUGGGGGCACAGGUCUGGAUCCCAGCUCUUCUCUUCUUCCCCAACACUUGGCUCUAGCCCAGCCAGAGGUGUGAAAAACAACUGGGGUCCCCCACACCCCAGACAUCUCUACAUUGCUCACCUGUCCCUGAAGCCUGGGCUUGGCCUCCUCCCCCAUCCUCCAGUGGUGUCCACUCCUGUCCCUGGCCCCCGCCCAUUAUCUAUCCUGUGCCCUGUUUCUCGUGACCCUUCCCAGGGACACUGUGCAAUGAGAGCCCCGGGGAGCGUGGGGGGCUGUGAUGGUGGACCCUGGGCCACAGGGUGGGCCUGAAAUGGGGUUUCAGCGGAGUCCUUGGCGGUGCCUCUCAAGCCCAGGGUGGCAUCAGUUCUAGACUGGCAGGUCCACAGGCAGCUCCGGGCCCCUGGCGCCCUCUGCUCUGCCCGCCUGGGGCCCCAGCAAGGAGCAGCCCUGCCCCAGUGCCCGAGUGCCCCGCUCUUUGCCCUCUGCCCUGGGCACGAGACUUCCACGUCCCUGCCUGCUGUGGGAGCCCACGCACGGCCCUUCUGCUCUGGGGCCUCAGUUUCCACAGGUGUGGUAGAGGGUUGGCCAGACAGUCCCAGCUUUCCUCUGGCUCUGACGUCCUGAGGGUCCAUCCAUCCCACGCCCAGUCCCCGCCACCCACUCUAACAGAUGUGACCGCUCACCCAGGCCGUCUUGGCUCUAGGGUCUCCCCGUCUCACUCACCGCCCCAGACACACCCUGGCCCUUCUUCCGUGGGCUCGGCGCUGAGCCCAGCCCUUGCCCCUGCCGCGGGCGGGCGGGAAGGCGGCUGUCGCGCUGGGCCCACCCGGGGCGGGCCACGCAUGCCGGUCCCUCUUGUGCAUGGGGCUCCUCAGCCCACUGGUCCCUGUGCUGGGUGGCAACAGGCCCCAUCCGCCGCCCGGCCCCACCUCCCUGUCAUGCAUGACGGUGGUGUUUCCACGGUGUCUGGUCCUGUGCCGUCUCUGAGACAAUCUCUGUGUGGACUUUGCCUUAAUCUGAAGUAAAUUUGGUUCUUUUAGUAAA